AUUUCUAAAAGAAAGUUUAGAUCGAUGGUGUAGUAAGGGUUUUUGCGAUUUAACAUAAUUUGUGAUAAAAGCACAGUGUUCGACUGCACCGCAGUUAUUCUUCUUUGCUUGCAAGUGAUUUACUAAAAAGUCAUAAUGGGCAAUGAAAACUCAAUUCCCAUGGAGCUCUGUUCCAAUUCGCGUGUUAACUGCAUUGAUUUUAAGGUGGAGAACUUCGACGCCGACGAGAUCCGGCGGCUGGGCAAGCGUUUCCGCAAGCUCGACUUGGACAACUCUGGCGCCCUGUCCAUCGAUGAGUUCAUGUCUCUGCCGGAGCUGCAGCAAAACCCGCUGGUGCAGCGCGUUAUUGACAUCUUCGACGCCGACGGCAAUGGAGAGGUGGACUUCAAGGAGUUCAUCCAAGGUGUGUCCCAGUUCAGCGUGAAGGGAGACAAGCUGUCCAAGCUUCGCUUCGCGUUCCGCAUCUACGAUAUGGACAAUGACGGGUUCAUCUCCAACGGAGAGCUGUUCCAGGUCCUCAAGAUGAUGGUGGGCAACAACUUGAAGGACACGCAGCUGCAACAGAUCGUCGACAAGACGAUCCUGUUCGCGGACCGCGACGAGGACGGCAAGAUCUCCUUCGACGAGUUCUGCUCCGUGGUUGGCAACACUGACAUUCACAAAAAGAUGGUGGUCGACGUGUAAGGCGCUGCGACCGGCUCCAUGUCUCUGCGCGUCCUCCUCGAGUUUCACACGGGGCCUCUUGGCCACUAGUCACACUGAGCUUUGGGAGUUCUUGAAAUUCUGUACAUUCGAGUGCAUUAGGUCUUAAAGUGAAUCCGAAGCUGACGAACGCGCAGAGACUUAGCUUCUUCGGAAGACUGGCUGACUUACGGCCCAGCCACGACAUUGGUCUAAACGCGUCAGCGGUGAGCGGCAGCCAUACGUGCGAAUGAAAAGUCCCAUCGCUGUCUCGCUCCCGCUGCCGCGCUUAGACCAAUGUCGUGGCUGAGCCGUUAGGCACUGGUCCCGGUAAAAGCGACUUAGCUAUCGGUGAUAGAAAUGAACAAAAGAAAGUCGCUCCCGUGUAAAUAAAAGAGAGAGCGAGCGAAUAGUUUGGCGACGAACUCAUAUCAUGGCGUCUCUUAUUCACACGGGAGCGGACUAUCUUUUGUUGAUUCUAUUGCCGAUAGCUUAUAGCUUACUCGGUGGACUUUUGGUGGGACCAGUGCCUUUUACUAUAAUGUACAGUCGUCGACAUAGGUGGUUUCACGCCAGUUUGUACAAAAGCUGUCAAAUCAAAAGUAAAAGCACAAAAAUAUAUUGGUUCAGUUCUGUCUAAUGUAAGUUGGCAACGAUUUCGACAGCUUGUUUGGUGCAAAUGUUAUUUUAAACGUCAAAGUUCGAUGAGAUUAUGACUUUUACUUAACCCUUGCAGACGUGGAGCUAUGAGUCUUUGCCAGUUCUUAUCUUGGCCAGAUUCUAUUAAAAUGUAUUUUUGUGCUAUGUGAAUUUGGCUAAUAUUAUCAAUUAGGAGAAUUAUCUAUCACAUAAGAGUCUCAAAGUCCAGUGUGGCGGGUCGCAGCGUCCCGUAGUAGCUAGAUCACUAUUCAAUUGCGUCGGUCCGGGUUUGGAUUAUGAUCAAAUCUAUAUCGAGAUAUCAAGUGCACGUAGUUCUCAGCUAUGCCUUAAAAAUAAUAUGCAAAAACGCUCCAGUUUUCUUGUGUAGGUUUUCCUUCGUAAAUUGGGACUAUAAUUUGAAGCGUUCGACAUACUGUAGCCGAUAUAAAUACGUAAAAUAACGCAUUUACUGCAAAUUCUUACUUUUCCAAAUUAAAAUAGAUGGCUGAAAUGCUAUACCGUUAAUGUGUAACGCGGGUAACCUUAAAGGAUACCCGUGUAUCUUAAUAUUGGCUGGAUCCAAAUAGAUACUGAGAACUGCCGUCGACCCGCGACCGACGCUCCUAUCAUUAAAUCAUUAUUGUAACUCUUCCUAGUUUAAGUAAAACAUACCUACUUUUUAAUAGUUAUAUGACGUCAUUAGAACUUUUAUCAUAGUCGACACGUGAGUAGAUUUUUUUUUUAUAAUUUUGUUGCGGUAUAUUUUAGUCGGUAUUGUUAUUUAGUAUUUUAUUUCUGCAGUAGGUGUCGGCGGAGUCGCGGUCGCCAGUAGGGCGGCGUACAAACUGUAGUCGGUGUUAGCGGAGCGAGCGCCGCGCGGUGCCUGCCCCUCAAUAUUAUGCGGCCGUAUAUACGCUUAGUAUAAACGGGUGAUCAUUGUGACUUUUCAGGUAAAAAGGUACCACACUGUUGGAUACAGAAACAAUAAAUGGACCAAUCUUUGAGACCGAAGGUCUUUAUUCUGGUUUAUGUAUUACAUUUGACCAAACGAAAUACAUAUGUAAAUGUCUAAAAACGCCAGGUUUCAUAGAAAUUUGAGGUUUUCGCUGACAUUUAUAUAGUUUGUCACUGGAAAGUGCUUGCAGAGUUAACUUGACCUAACUGUAAUAACCGACAAUAUAUCAUCUUUUCCUUGAAAUAGUCACAAAUAAAACCUUAUAAAAACUUGUAUUUUCAGAGUUUCGGUGUUGUCUUGUAGCCUUUAUAUAAUCAUAUUAAACGCCUAGUAAUAUUGAAUGGGCAGUAACAAUGGUACACGGUUCGAUAAGACAGUUAACUGCACGAUAACAGCAUAUAAUCUUUUCGACACGAUAUUUCUUAUAGAGUAGUGGUGUACCCGUGUACCCGCCGGGUACCCGGAGUUUUCAGAAAUCAAUGCACCAUUUAUUCUUUCCGGGAUUUUUUGUUGGGUUACUAAAACUGACAUGGAAACCUCAGAACUAUUGCUUCGAAACAAUAACAUGUUCCAAGUAUUUCGAUCUAACAAGGUAUCAGUUUUGAUUCGGUUUAUACAAAACGUAUAUGUAAAAAAUGUGCGUGGAGUGAUGGAGUCCCUCCUCGCGGAAGAAGUGGAACUUCGUAACAUAAUAACCUUAAUUAAACACAUUCCGUCAAGUGACUGUCACGUUUUUGCGUUUAGUUACUUCCAUCUUUUUACGGUUUUAAAUAUUUUACAUUGCUAAUUGCUCAAAUUAUUGAAAAAACAAACAAACUCAUGAAAUACAAGUUCAAGAGCUUCACUUCAAAAAAUUGGCAUAUUCCUGUCAUCAGUCUAGCGUUUUUUUCAAAAUUUGGCAACACUAGCGUUAAACGUUUAACGCGGUCUGUUGGAAGUGGAAACACUGAGCGUUAAACGUUAACGCUGUUAGCGAUAACGUUUAACGCU